AUGAAUUACAUUCAUAUGAGACGUAAAAAGCAGAAUAGUGAUGCAGAAACUGAGAUGACUGGAGUUCCAUCGAAUUAUAUGGAUAUACUUAAACCAACAUUAACAGAGAAAAGACUGCAAUUUAAUUUACAUAUACCAUGGUCAAUUACUCCGAAAGGUUAUGCAAAGCUGAAUGAGAAAUUAAAAUCACCAUGCAUCCCUCAUUCUGAUGGAAAAGCUGAUUCCAUGGCUGGUCGUGUGUACAGACAGAUAUUUCUCGAUUGUGCAAACAGUUCGAAUGGUUUUACUCCUUGUUCGAAAAGUGAAACAACUUACGCAAGUCCUACUGAGAUGAGAAACACAAAAAUUAGUCAGUAUGAAAUUAUUUCAGCCAAAAUGACAGAAGCAAAACGACUUUAUGAAGAUCUUGAUUUUCCCGCAAAUAAUAAUUCAAUUGGAGACUUGCAACAAGUCUUGGGCAAAAUAGAAUGGAAAAGACCUAAAGAUAUUAAUCCUUAUGCAGCUUUUUGUACAAAAUCUUAUUCUCGUUUUGAUGUUGAUCAAGGUGCUCUUGGUGACUGUUGGUUCAGUGCGGUUAUGGCUACAAUUACGAAAUAUCCUGCAUUGAUGAAUAACAUCAUACCAUCAAAUCAAACUUUCAGAGGUACACUUUAUACAGGAGCAUUUGUGUUCAAUUUUUGGCGUUUUGGAGAAUGGGUGGAAGUUGUAAUCGAUGAUCGUCUACCAGUUCUUAAGGGAACAUGUAACUUGGUAUUCAUGCAUUCAACAGAUACAAAUGAGUUUUGGUCAUGCCUACUGGAAAAAGCAUAUGCCAAAUUAUGCGGUAGUUAUGCACAUCUAACUGGUGGAUUUCAAAGUGAAGCGAUGGAAGAUUUUACUGGCGGAAUAUGUACUACUGUUAUUUUGAAUCAAAAAGAACGUCCACCAAACCUAUUUAAAAUGAUGGAACACUACACAAAAACAUGUUGUAUUUUGGGUGCUGAUGUUGGUGGAGAUAAAAAUAAAAGACGAGAAAAAAUGGGACUGAUAGGUUCUCAUGCUUAUAGUGUAACUGGGGUUGGGAAAGUUAAUUAUCUCGGUAAAGAAGUGCAUUUAGUACGUUGUCGUAAUCCUUGGGGAGAAAAACAUGAAUGGAAAGGAUCUUGGUCAGAUAAUUCACCUGAAUGGAAAAAUGUUAAAUCUAAAGAUAAGAAAGCUUUACAGUAUAAAUCAAAAGAAGAUGGAGAAUUCUGGAUGUCGUUCGAUGAUUUUGAAAAUAAUUUCACUCUACUUGAAAUAUGUCAUUUUGGAUACGCAAGUUUAGACCAUAGAGAUGAAAUCGACAAAAAGAAAAGAUGUGAGGAAAUAUGUUUUGCUGGUGAAUGGGUUGCGAAUGUAAAUGCUGGAGGAUCAUUUAACUAUCCAGAAUCAUUCUGUACAAAUCCACAGUAUUUAUUUACAAUUGGAGCUGACCACAAUGCUAAAGUUACUAAAACACAUAUCAUCGUAGGAGUUAUGCAAGAAUACAGAAGACUUUUUUAUGGCGGAGAUUAUUUGGCUAUAGGUUUUUCAAUAUAUGAAGUAUCUGAACUGCAAACUACAUGUCUUACAGCAGAAGAAUUAUUAUGCCGAAAACCAUUGUUAACAUCAGACUACAUUCCAAGACGUGAAGUAACAUUAGAAGCUGACCUUUUUCCUGGAACAUUUGUUAUAAUACCAUCAACAUAUAAUCCAAAUCAAGAAGCACGAUUUAUUUGUCGGGUAUUCUCUACUGUAAAAAUGAAACAAUUAGAACUGGAUGAGGAGAAUCUAUACGAAGGCCUUCCAAAGUCAACAGUGGAAGUUCUUCAAAAUAUCAUGUUAAAGGAACUUACUUCAUUGGAAUUAAAUUUUAAGCAGUUAUGUAAUCCAAUCACCGAAACAAUCAAUUCUAGAAUAUUAGGUACUAUUCUGGAUCAAUAUAAUUUUCGAGAUUAUAUGAUUGGUUUUACGGAAUUUCCUAGUAACUUGUGUAGUAGUUUAAUAUCUUCAGCAUCUACAAACUUGACAGGUCAAAUUGACUUAGAAGAGUUCCUAUAUCUCAUGACUGAUCUUAUGGGAUGGAUGUACGCUUUUAACAAAAAUGAUGAUCGGAAAGGAUGUGUGAGUUCGUUCAAACUUCGUGAUUUAUUGAAAAGUGCAGGUUAUAGCGUCAGCAAUAGAGUUCUCCAUAUUUUGGCACAUCGAUAUGUAGAUCACAAACGAGGCCAAAUUAGCUUUGAAAGCUACCUACAUUGUAUGGCACACCUUAAACUUGCCUUUGAUGUCAUGUCGUUCCACCCGAAAACCGAUAAGGGUAUUCUAAAGUUUAAUCGCGAAGAUUACCUACGUUUAUCUCUUUCUACAUAA